UUGCUUCAGGCAACCCUGGGGAGGACAGGAUAGGGGUAAAAAUCCCAGCAAGGGCUUGAACUCAGUGGAGGGUUUCUCUGGCUCUGGGUGCGGCAGAGCAUCUGAGAUUUCCUUCUCUAUGGAGGAUGAAGUCCCCGAAGGGUUUGUGGAGCCCCAAGAAGAGGAGGAGCUGACUAACAGUUUAAACAACAUUAUCCAGAAUGAAGAAGUAAAACCCAAGCUACAAUGCAUCAUGUCCAACCCGUCCUUUUCUACAGUAACAGUUCAAAGUGAAGAUAGUGGAAUAACAGGGGAGACCAGCUCAAGCAGAUGUUCUACACCUUGGGCCUCAGAAGCUAGCGCUACUUCUGAUCUCUACAGUAUUGAAAGUUCAUCUGUAGAGUCUCCUCAAGGGCAAGUUAUUUUUCUUAUGGAUGAAAGUAAGACUGUCCGAAAAAGGAUGUGUAAGUCAUCAGAUCGGACAUUGCUGCCUUCAGACAUGAAGGGAAGUCAGGGUAACAAAAAGAGUGACUUGUCUGGAAUGCAGAUGCAAGAAUCAAGACAUGUUCCCAGAAAAGGGCAAGAUGCUAAGUUAAAUGCUGCUGAACUGGAAGCACAAGCUAUGGAUGCAGAAACUCCAAAAGAUAAGCAAUAUUUGCCAGAUGUUACAGGGGAACCCGUGUCACGUGCUCCAAUUGCUUCAAAACCAACGCGUAAAGAAAAUAGACUGAAAAAAGAAAGGCCUGCCCUUAAUGGAGCUGUAAGUGCUAAAAUCCAGAAGUUCAGUUUAAUUUCAGAAGAAGCAACUCCAAAAUUUUUUAAAAAGAAGAGUAGUAAAGAUCCAGCUAUGCCAGCAGAUAUAAAAAGGAAGCCGAAACAACAGCCCAAAGGACUCCUAAAUCAAAGCCUGUCCUCGCCUUCUUUAAUGCAUCUUAAAAAGGAUUGCCCCAAGGAUGAUGGUUCACUUCGUAAUGUAAAACCUGUUGAAACACAUAUUGAAUCUGGCAGUUUUUCAAAUGGGGGUGUAAUAAUUCCUCGUGAUAAAGAAGAGAGAAAGGAAGCACAAUCUUCUCCAGCUGAAACUCUACAUGAGAGCUCAGAACAGUCACUGUCCAUUACUUCAUAUCUUAUUGAUGAAGGAGAGAACCAGGAAAUUCAGCCUCAUUCAUUUUUUACCACAAAGACGAUUUCAACAGAUUCUGUUAAUGAACCAGAGGAGCAAACAACUCAGCCUGAUGUGCCUAUGUCUACAGAAUCUGUCUCUGCACUUUCUCGUUCAUCACAUGCUGUCAAGGAAACAGAGAACCAAGAAACUCAGUUUUAUUCACCUCUGAUUACACCACCUGAGCCUGAACAUUCAGUUUUAUCUGAUACAAAAAAGCAGGAUAUUAAGUCUUAUUCGCCCACAACUGCACAAUCUGAGUGUGACCAUCCAGCUUUAUCAUACUCCAUGGAGGAAGGAGAAAACCCAGAAAUUCAUCCUUAUUCACCUGUAACUGCACAAUUGGAGUGUGAAGAACCAGAUAUAUCAUAUUCUACUUAUGAAAUAGAAGGAGAGACUACCCAAUUGGACUCUGAACAUUCAGAGCAACAAGAUAUCCAGCCACAUUCUCCCAUAACUACUCAGUCAGAAUGUGACCAUCCAGAUAUAUCCUACUCCACUGAGGAAGCAGAAGAGCAAGAGAUUCAGUCUUAUUCACCUGUACUUGAACAACUGGAAUUUGAAAAUGUAGAUUUAUCAAAUCCUGCUGAUGAAACAGAAACACAAGAAAAUGAGUGUUAUUCACAAGUCUUUGCAGGCCUGGAUUCUGAGCUUUCAGAUUUAUCAUAUUCCAUUGGUGAAGCAGAGAAACAAGAAAGUUCACAACUGGAGUCUGAACAUCCAGAGACGCACAGUAUUCUAGCCCAUUCAGCUUUAACUGCCCAGCUGGACUCAGAACCUCUAGAGUUAUCGCAUUCUAUUGAAGAAACAGAAAAAGAAGCUGCACAAUUGGAGCAUGAACAUCAAAUUUUAUCACAUUCCAUUGAAGAAGCAGAGAAUGAAGACAUUCAGCCAUAUUUACUUGUACCUGAACAACUUGAGUCUGAACAACUAGUUUUAUCUGAAACAGAGAGUGAAGAAAUUCAGCUACCUUUAUCUAAAAUGGAAAACCCGAUACCUGAACAGUCAGUCACUAUGUCACUAAUGCAUACUGAUGACAGAGAUGGGCAAGAACUUCAAGGUUACUCAGUGGGCACAGAAUACGUGCGGUCAGAACAGUUAACAGCUCCUUCUCCCACCUUCAUUGAUGAAGUCUAUAAGCAAGAAAUGCAACCUGAUGAACAUGAAGUGCCAGACUUGAUGUCGGAAGUGUUGAACAUUUCAGCUGGCUCCAUUAAUGAGGAAGAGAAGCACGAUAUUGACUCUUCUUUGCCUGACACAGAAGAUGUGAUGUUAGAGCAAUCAAAUGUUUUUUCAAACAGUUGUAAUAAAGAGGCAGACAGAUGUGAAAAGGAACCUUAUUUGGCUGGCAUAGAAUAUACGUCAUAUGAACAAUCAAUGGACAUUUCAUCAGACUUUACUGAUGAAACUGUGAUGCAAGAAAAUCAGUCUUAUUCAGCUGGAUCAAAAUUAUUUCCAGGUGGACUUCUGAUAGCACAUACUGCCCCAAGUACUAAUGAGAAUAAAUCAGACAUGACAAUGGGAUCUGAUUUUGUUUCAAAUGAAGCUUCCUGUACUCUUCUAUCAGAGCCCAUUAAUGAAAUCCACACACACAAUUUAUAUUCCUCAGUACCAGGUAAUCCAGUCUCAGAUAAAAAUUUAAAUAAUGUAAAAGUAACUAUCAUCAGAGACCUUACAAAGGCAGAAGAAAAACAGCAUUUUUCAAAUGUAGAAGCAGGGUCAAAAGAGCCUGAACAUUAUCUAUCAAGAGAGGAGACUUUAACAGAAGAAGCCAAAUAUACUCCAGAACCUCAUGAACAAAAAGAUGCAUUUAAUAUAAUUUCAGAAGGUUAUGAGAUAUUGAAUAUUCAUGCUGUUCCACUCAUUUUUUCAGUGGAUGAAGAAGAAAGCAAACACAUGCCAGAUAAGCUAGAAUACUUAGAAACAAAUACCCUGAUCAAAACAAAACCGUUUGAUAAUGGUGAUACAGUAGCUGACCACGAAGUGCCAGCAUGUGGAACACCUACAGAAAUUUCAGAAAACUUAAUGGCAGAUGAUACCAGAGUUAAAGAUGUGGAACAAAAAGUACAUACUCAGGAAAUUGUAGAAACAGCACAGGAAAUUUCCACAGUGUCAGAAAAUGAAAGUGGCAAAGAUCCGAAUCCUAAUGAGAGUGCCGUUGAGAUGGAUUAUUUUGAAAAGUAUACUUUGAUUGAUGACAAAUCCCCCACUGAGGUAUCUGUUCAGGGGCUAUUUCCCUUUGUUGCUGUAGUAGACAACCCUAAGAAAUGUACAGAAGAAACCAUAUCAUCAACUAGAAGUUUGGAUAAUACUUUGGAAGAUGAAUUUACCUUACUAGACAAUGACUUGGAUGAAGCCUUUUAUGGAAUGAUGGAAGAAGAAAGCAAGCUGCAGUCUUCUGCAGAAGCUCAGAAAUUUUUGACUAUGCAAAAAUCAAUUGACAGUAGUACAAAAGCGAUAAAUGAAGAAGAUGAGCAAAAGUUAGCAGGCACACCCUUAUUUGAUACAGAAGGAGGAGUAUUAGAACGGUCUAUGUUGUUUCCCACAUCAGUCAGUGCAAUUAACCCAGAACUUCUAGAGGAGCCACCUGCCCUGGCAUUUUUAUAUAAGGACCUCUAUGCAGAAGCCGAGGGAGAAAACACAAAAGGUGAAAAUGAGCCUCUUUCUGAAGAAGAGAGCACGAGUUCUGAUGCAUCCUUUCCUAGAAGAAAUUCUGACACAGAUGAUGAAACUGGAAUAUAUUUUGAAAAAUACAUUCUCAAAGAUGAUAUUCCCUGUAAUGUGGCUGAGUCUCAAAAAGAUCAAGUUUCAAAGGAUCAGUCUAUUAAUAAAGACUUGUCAAGCCAACUGACGGUUUCAGAAGACAAGCAUAUGGAUUCUGAUGAGGUAACUGAAGAGGAACAUCUAUGUCUUCAUAUUUUAUCUGAAGAGUCUGCUAAAACUGAGGUCUUGUCAGAAGGAGAAAAUGUGGUGAGAGAGACAAACCCAAUUAUCAGUUACAUUAAAGUAACAAUUUGUCAGCCAGCUCACGCAAUUCCAUUUGGAAGUAAGUUUAGUGUUUCAGAAGCAAGAAAUGAUCACUCUAGUCAAAGAGAGGAAGAAAAUGCUUCUGCAGCAACAAACCAGGAAUUGUCAGAGCAAAUGAGUCAUGAAGAGUCCAGCCAAGUACUAGAUGCUGAGGUCACUGCCAAUCAACAAGAAGCAUCUGUACAAGAUAAAUCAAAGGAAGUAUUUCCUCCAACAGAUCAGCAGAAAGAACAACAUGAAAUAGUUGCAGUUAAUAAAAUGGAAAAUUAUAUGCCUCAUGGCAGAGCACCUGUUGAUGAAAGUGAAAGCAAUCAGUAUGGCAAAGGAAGGCCCCCACAUGUUAAUACUCUUCAGCAACCAGAGGAGUUAAUUUCAUAUUUGAAAAAUCACAUUCAACCCAUGAAAAGUGAGGCAUAUGAUUUAGAACAUGAUCAUCCUGAAAUACUGAACAAAAAAAUAAGCCAGGGAAAAUAUCUAUUAGAUACCGAUGAGCAGACAAGUAAAAAAAGUGUCAGGGAAAAUAUCAUCAACGAUAUAGCAAAGCAUGAGUCUGAUAAGGCAUCAGGUGAAUUAGACUUGCAUCCUUUUAGGCAUGAUUUACAUACCCUUCAACCAGACUCCAGAAGAGAGGAGCAAUGCUUUGAGGCUGAUGAAGAUCUGGCUGAGUCAAUGGAUUAUGAAGUGAUUACCCAAGAAGAACUUUUGCAAGAUGAAAGGUCCUCUGAAUUGGCACAUGAAGAUUUAUUAUUGGGAGAUGGGGAGUCUUUUGAGCAGAUUAGCUAUAUUUAUGAAUUUGAAAAUGAGGAAGAAGGAGAGACAACCAUUGAACAUGAGGAUUCAGGCUUUGUGAUGGUGAAUUCUGAAAAAUCAUCUCUAGAAACACCUGAAAGUGAGAGCUCACAAAAAGAAAGUAAAAAGGCCCACAUUGAUACCUAUUGCUACCAGUGCAGGUGCCCAAUUUCUGCUAUUGACAAGCUUUUUGGGGAGCAUGAAGCCCAUGAUGUUACGACACUGGACACUGCUAUAAGGGAGAUUAAGGAUAAAUUAGAUGGUUUGCUAGGAGAGUUACAGCAAAGAUCAGUGAAGACUGAGGAGCUGGUUAGUGAAAUAGAAUCCCUGUUUAAUUCUGUUGAGGAAAACAGUAAAAAAAAUGAACAAUUUUUAGAAGAUCAGAAUGAAGAGAUGGUCAGUAAAGUCUUAGCUCAGUAUGAUGAGAAGUCUCGCAACUUUGAGGAAGCGAAGAAGAUGAAAAUGGAAUACUUAUAUGAACAGAUGGUGAACUUUCAACAAAGUAUUGUUUCAGCAAAGGAAACCCUGGAGACUACUGUAAAGGAAAUUGAAGAACUUGAUGAUGUUGUUUUUCUAAAUUUAUCAAAAGAAAUAAAUAAAAGGUUACUUUCUGCAAUGGAUAGUUCUCUCUCAUUAGAAAAAAUGCCCAGUGCAUUUUCUCUCUUUGACCAUUAUGCAGACAGUUCAGAAAGAAGUGACCAAAAGACCUUAAAAUGUGUUGCUGUUCCACAGACUCCAAAAUUGAUACCUCAAGAACCAAACUCUGCAACAAGCACAUCAAUUGCAGUCUAUUGGACUGUGAGUGAAGGGGACGUCAUUGACUGCUUCCAGGUGUAUUGCAUGGAGGAACCUCAAGCAAACCAAGAUCAAAAUGCCCUGGUGGAAGAAUACAGAGUUAUAGUGAAGGAGAGUUACUGCAUUUUGGAAGACCUGGAGCCAGAUCGCUACUAUGGUGUGUGGGUCAUGGCUGUGAACUAUACAGGAUGUAGCUUACCAACUGACAAAUCCAUUUUUAAAACUGCACCCUCUACUCCCUUGCUAAAGGCAGAAGACUGCACUGUCUGUUGGGACACUGCCAUCAUCCGAUGGAGCACAGCCAACUCAGAAGCAACCAAGUCCUUCACGCUGGAGUACUGCAGACAGUAUUCCCCUGAAGGAGAGGGUCUCAGAUCUUUUGCUGGAAUAAAAAAGCCAGAACUGGAAGUUACUCUGCAGCCCAAUGUGAAUUAUUUCUUCUAUGUGAGAGCUGUCAACUCAUCUGGGACAAGUGAUCAGAGUGAAGCUGCCCUCAUCUCAACAAAAGGAACUAGAUUUCAUGUGAUGAGUGACACAGCUCAUCCUGCUUUGCAAGUGUUGGCCAAUGGAACUGUGAUAUGCCUUCCUGAGAGAACCAAAUUCUCUGGAAUUCCAUCUGUCCUGGGUGAGCUUCUGCCAGCUCGUGGCCAGCAUUACUGGGAAACCACUGUCACUGGCUGCAAAGGCUACCGGAUUGGAGUCUGCUACAACUCUACCCCACAAGGCAGCAUCCUGGGGCAGGAUGAUACAUCCUGGUGCAUAUGUUGUUGUUCUACAGAAACAAGUUUCAUUUAUAAAUUCUUCCACUGUGGUGUAAUGAGUGACGUUUACAUGACGGAGCAGCCUGCCCGGGUUGGCCUUCUGCUGGAUUAUAAUGGUGGGACACUUUCCUUCUUCAAUGCAGAGAGGGGACUAGUUCUAUUCACCACCAAGCACAGAUUUACUAAUGCUGCUCACCCUGCCUUUGUUCUGGAGAAAGCUGGUGUACUUAACCUGCACACAGGAAUGGAGCUGCCAGAGUUUGUGAAGCACAGCUAAUCUUUGCUUUCAAACUAUCCGGAAGACAAACCAUUAUAGUUUUUUGCGGGGGAGGAAGAGAGUAUCUAUUUUUCUCUUAGCGGAUGUUACCCACACCAUUCUCCUGCACAUCAACACUAAAUUGUAAUUAUAGACAUAGUAUUCUGUGCAUGGAGAGAAUAAUAGACUGCCUCCUACUUAGUAUGUACUUUGCGGUAUAUAUUAAGUUAUUCUCUAGAGGAAAAAACGGUAUAUAUUAGAACUGAGCAUUGGAAGGGGGAAAGAGAAAUUUAUGAACAGGAACCACAGUCUUUACUGAGAGAAAAAAAUAAUUACAAGACUAGUUGAAUUUUUUUACAUUGACUAAUGAUCUUGUAUGUGAUAUAGUGCUUCUCUCUUUGAGCUUUAGAAAUCUGUUUCUAAAAAAAAAAAAAAAAUGGGCAGAGAAAAUAAAAUUAGAGGGGCAACAUUUUCAAGCCAGUUCCAAACUAACCUCUAACAUUGCUCACAAAUAUUUUGAAUCAGUAAACUCCACACUUCUCCAUCCACAUUGUUCAGACAGAGACAGCGAUCUGAUUUGUACACACAAAUGCCACUUGUAAUGUGAAUCGAUGUUCAGCAAAAGAAUGUAUGUGCAGUUUUGGAGUCCAUUUAAAAAAGUGUUGCUAGUGUUUCUGGCCCUAAAAAUUACUGCCUGGAUGGCUUAAAGAUAGGGCCCAGAUAAGGCCCUUUAGCCUGGGACUGUGGAGUAAAAUUGCCAUCAAGCUUCCUGUGAAUGCUCCCUUUUUCAUAUUGGAUAUAAAUUGAUGUUGUCUUGGAUCUUACCUUAGCCAUUUUCACACUUAAGUAUGGAACACCCCAGAGAUGAUCUCCUUGCCUCUACUGUACUCUUUUUGUCCCAUUUGAGCUUUGUCUACAUUAGCAGUGGACCUUAGUUAGCAAGAGGCAAUGCUUGGGUGGUGUUGUGAUGAUGAGCGCCAUAGACAUUGCUAGAUAAGACUACAACGUUGGCAUUUGAAUAUGAUUAAACCUUGCCAGCAGAGGUAUAUUCUGGUAUUAAUGCUGCCCUGUGUUAGACAGAGCUGUAUUUCUAAGUACUCCACCAAUCAGCGCUCUUGCCAGAUUAAUUGGUGGUUGUACCAAUGAAGCCCUGUGAACUCCUAUGUAUUCACCCUAAAGGAUGGCAGGCAGUGUGAUGCCUGCUGCCCACCCUUGUGGUUACCUAUUCUUCUCAUCUCUGUUAAUGCCCGCUCCCCCCGAAGUAAGGGGGGUUUCACAUGUCUGAGGAGAGUUGCUGUUGAAAAUAAUUUUUAAUUAAUUACAGUUUAGGUUUCUGCUUGUCAAGAUCACAGUUGGUGUCCAAUCACAGUCUGUUCUUUUAUUUAUCAUUUAGUUUAACUGCACCUAAAAAUGUGCUAGAGGCUUCACAACGGUAAGAGAUGCUCCAUGUCCCAUGGGCUUUGUGCUCUGGUUUCGCUAUAGUGGCAGGGGUAACAAAAACCAGGGAAGGACAAGGUGGAAAUGACAAGAUCACAUAGUACCGUGUUUUAGUGUAUAUAACAUGCGCUCAUGUAUAACCUGCGAUCUUUCUUUGCUGUGUAAAAAAACCCCUUAGAUUACCCGUGGACAUGUAUAGCCUGCGAAUUCUAUAGGCUAAUUCACGGUAAUUGCACAUACCAGGGGGGAACAGAGACUGCAGCACAGGCAAGCUGGCCGGCCUGCAGGAGGAGGGGAGCCGCACUCAUGCCCAGGCCCUGCGCAGCUACAGCCAGGCGCAACCCACCCUCCUCUGGGUGGGGAACGGAGAGCACAGCGCAGGUGCGCUGGAAGUGUGUCGGGCCCUCCUUGCAGCGGAGCGGAGCUGACUUAAUCCAAUUCUAAUAGGUAAAAAUAAACUUGUAUACCCCACGAACAUAUAUACCCCACGGGGGACGGGGGCGGGGUUUGUAAAAACAUGUAUAACCCGCAGGUUAUAUACGCUAAUUUACGGUAUAUUAGUGUAAGCCUCUGCACAUAUUGAUGAGUCAGUUAAAAGUGCUUUCUUGUUUUAAAACACUAUUCCUGGCUCCCUGUGAGCAUCCUGGAAGAAAUGCCUUUGAAUUGGGAGAUGGAUUGAGCUGGCUUGUUGGCUUGGGAGAGGGGAGCGUAUUCCAUGUGUGUGAUAAGAGCAGUGUGGGAAAAGCCUCAGGAUGGUUGGCAGGGUAACACACACAGGGGACACGGAAGAUAAGUGAUGAGGGACGGGGGUGAGGCAGGAGAAUAGAAUGGAGGGAAACAGGCUAAGACUAGGUCAGAGGUGUAGGCAUUGUGCUUUCCUAGAGCUUCCAGAAAGCCAAUGAUUGCACUGGAGAUUUGAGUGCACAGACAAUACUUGGUUGUGCUUUUAAUAACUAAAUUCAGAAAAUGUUUAUGAAAAUGAAACUAAAUCUGCAAAUCCCAGUUUUCCUGUUAUUUUAGCUUCAUCGUCCUCUACUACUCGUCAUUGCCACAUCCUUACAGGGCAGCUACAGUUCAAGGUGAGGCUGACUCAUCAGCAAAGACGUGACAUAUUGCAAAGGGGACAAAAAGGGGUUAAGGAGAGAAAGAAUGGCAAAGAAAACCAAAACCACAUUUUUCACUUAAGCUAGAAUGCUUCUGGCAAUGUUUACAAAUGACAAAACAAGACUGGUUUAUAGCCAUGAAUUGUUGUGCAGAUAGCAUUAUAAUAGUCCUUCUAUAGCAAAUGCUUUUUCAAAACUUUUUCAAUUAUACAAAUACAGUAUUUCUGUCUGUUUUGUAGGACUAUUUGAUAGUGCUUUCCUGAUGUUCUGUGUAAUUCCAGUUAUCCAAAUUCCCUGUAUCCAAAAAUCCUAGUUAUCCAAAUCCAAUGUGUCUCCCAUGUCAUCCUGUGUUCAAAAUAGCACUUCCAGUUCGCUGAACACUUGGUUAUCCAAAACUUUUAGAUGUCCUACAGACCAUUUAGAUAAAUGAGAGGGUACAUUGUUUUUAUAUUUACAUUUUUAAGCUUUGGUUGAUACCUUUGCUGCCUAUGUGCACAGUACCAAAAAGAGGAAUGUGUUUGUAGGACUAGGAAUAAGCUGUGCCCAAAAUUUUGAUUUCACCAGAAUUUUGUCAUUUGCCUACUGCAAAAACUAGACCUGUCAAACAUAAGAAGUGGUGGUUGUGGGUUGACUCUAAACCAGUAUUUCUUAAACUUUUUAAGACCAAGGAACACCAGACAAUAAUUAUUGUUUAUGAGGAACACCAAGGAUUUUGUUGUGGGGGUGAGGGAGGAAGGAAAUUAGGGUCAGGGGAAAGUUAUUGACCAAAAAAAAAAAAAAAGGUCAUCUGCCCCUUUAAGGGUGGCCAUUUUGAACUCUGUUGUUCUCCGCGACACACCUCCGACUGCCUCACAGCACACAGUAUGCCACGCAACACAGUUUAAGAAACACUGCUCUAAAUGAUGUAUAAAUCUACACUUUUGUUAUUUGUAUGCUUCUGUCUGAAAAAAAUGGGGUUUGGAAUAUUUUUCAUUAGUAAUAUAUUUCAAAUAACUCUGGAAACAGCCAAGACAGAUGAACUGGUCAGAUGCAAAGUAAAUAUAAAGCUGUAUGCCCAUUUGUGACUUUAUCCUCUUCAAAGCAAAUUAGCAAUACAAAUGCAAAAUCCAGCUUACGACACAUCUUAUGAAGCUGUGAUUCUCUAGAUUUUGGGCCACAGUCCAUUUCCUUUAUAUCUAGGUACAUGAAAGCAGAUGUUAGAGGGUUUAUCCCGUCACCCUUUCAUUUCCCUGGUCCUUCUCAUGUGAACAGAGAACAGCAAUACCCAAAGUCUGAAGAUGCAAACAAUGCAAUGUUUAUUUAGAUUAGCUUCCAACAAGCAUGAACCCAGGUUCCUUUCUUUUUCCUCUUGUUCCCUUGUUUUCUCACGCCCCUUCCUGUUUCUCCCCAGUGUAUAUAAUAGUAUUUUCAGAUAUACCUUGACCAAUCAUUUGACUGAAAUUUAACUACCCAGUCAUAACAUAUUGUAACAUGAUUGUCUAACCAAUUAUAUUCCACCACCUUAAUUGGCUUACACCCAGCAAAAUUAAUUAUACAGGAGACAUAAAAAAUUAAAAAACAGAGAUAAUACAGAUGCAAUAUAGAUAAACAAUUAAGUGAUGGGAAGCAUAAUAACGAAGCAAUAAAGAAAUGAGAAUUUCACAACCCCAAUGAUUGAUAAGUUGGUCCUUACAGAAAAAAAAGCUAUCAGCCUAAGUUUUCUUUAAAUCUCCUGGGUUCUUCCCUUUAUCUAGUGGUGUUAGAUUGGAUCACCUUUCCAACAGCCCCAAAUUGCCUUAUUUCAGUGUGAUUGGUUUGGAAGGACGUGAAUGCAUGUUUCCUUGCUUAUGGAUGCUCCUGCUGCUAGCCAAAAGCCUUAUCUUAAGAGUAAGGCCUCAGACCAUCACAUACAGAUAGGCUAUGAUUUUGAUUCUUUGUUUUUAAAUUUCUGUAAUUAGUAAAGUAGUAAGAACACACUUAAAUUCUUAAAGGACAGGUCCUUGCAGGCAGGCCUGAAUAGUUAUAGCCUAACAGCAGAAUUUAGUCCUUUGGAUUUAUACAUUUAAAUAAGGGUUCUACUUAUUCACAUAUAGGGAGAAAUUCCAACUUGAAUGGGAUUGUCUUGAAUGGCUUUCAGUGUUGCCAUAGGUUCCCCAACAGUCUAUGGCUACGUCUAGACUGGCAUGAUUUUCCGCAAAUGCUUUUAAUGGAAAAGU